CGUCGUCUGGCAGCAUUUGACUCAAGAAUGAAAGAGAAACAGAGAGAGAGGUUCCAUCUGGUUUUGGUGGCUAAUCUCUAAUGGCUGCUUCAACCAUCAACCUAUCUCUACUUUCUCAAACCUUCUCCUCCCUUCAAAUCCACCCUUUGCUCACCAAACCCUCCCUCCAAUUUCCCCUUCAAAACCCUCCUCUCAUACUCAAACCCCACCUCAGGAUCCAAUCCCAGAAAUCCCACAUCACAAAUCCCCAAACCAAGCAACCAAUUCACGAUAAUUCCUAUCCUGAUGACGAUGGAGUCCCAAUUGAACACGUGAAAAUGCUAGUCAAAUUCAAGUCACGCCACAAUUACAUACGGAUUCUUGAAGUUUCAAGAAAAGCAGACCAUCCACUAGCAGGGUCCAGACUGCUUUUGCUUGAUGCUCCUGGCAAUAUCCACAGCAUAUCUUACUUGUUCAAAUCACUGACCAAUGCUUAUUUUGAUGUUUUUGCGACAAUCCCACCAAUCAUUCCUCCUGGACCAAUUGGAAUUCUUGGUUUUGGGGCAGGUUCAGCAGCUAGGAUUCUUCUGGAAAUGUACCCACAAGUAGCUAUUCACGGUUGGGAGCUGGACCCUUCAGUAAUUUCAGUCGGGAGGCAAUAUUUUGGGCUGGAAAAGCUUGAAAAAGAUCAUCAAGAUCGGCUGUUUAUUUACAUUGGGAAUGCUUUAAAUGCUAGUUUGAGAGAUGGGUUUUCAGGGAUUUUGGUUGAUUUGUUCAGUAAAGGGUGCGUGAUACCUGAACUUCAAGCUCCACAAACAUGGGAGAAGCUGAAGGGAUGCUUGAGAGAAGGUGGGAGAAUAAUGGUGAAUGUUGGUGGGAGCUGUGUUGAGCCAGAUGAUAUCAGAAAAGAUGGGAAAGUGAUAAUGGAAGAGACUUUGGAGGCUAUGAAUAAGGCGUUUCCUGGUGAGGUUUUUGUGCUGAAUCUUGGAAAUAGAAAGGAUGAUAGCACAGUUGCACUUACUGGUAAAUUGCCUAAUUUGGUUGAGUGGAAAAAAGCAGUUCCAAGGCCUUUGAAGUUUUAUAUUGAAAUGUGGAAACCCUAUAGAGCUUAAUUUGAUUUUUUUUUUUGUUAAUUUUCUUCUAAUAGAUUUGUACUGGCAUUUGGAAUCAAUGAUUUUUGUAGAGAUGAAAUGUAGUACCAUCGUUGAGUAUGAAAGAGGUUGGAAUGUGAUUUUUGUGCCAGAUUUUAGUGCA